AUGAGCCCUACUCCAGAACCUCCCACGGCCAAAAAGCGCGAGUCCCGUGCUGGGGCGCGUAAAGUGACGUCGCUCUCUGCCGAACAGCUGGAGAGGAAGCGCGCCAACGAUCGGGAAGCCCAAAGAACCAUUCGUCAGCGGACCAAGGAGCACAUUGAACGGCUGGAGCACCAAGUGGCCGAGUUGAAAGCCAAGGGGGAACAAUUUGACGAUGUCGUCCGACGGAAUGUGGCGUUGGAACAUGAAAUUCGAGCUUUGAAGCAUCAGCUCGCUCUGGCUGGUAGGCAAGGAUAUCCGGGUAUGGGUAGGUGGCCGGUCUCGUUCAUUUAUUUCAGCUACAGAAAGAACUUGAAUUGGCUGACAGAUAUCCAUUGCGCAUCAACAGAAGGAACUUAUAGCAAUGCUCCCGGGUCUAUGCUCCCGGCCACGCAGUUUGCAGAGCCUCUGGGGAUGAAUCCAGCUUCUAGAGCCCCCUCAGUCAUCUCCACGUCCAGUCGCGUCUCGGUAGGGUCGGAAUGGCCACCUUAUGGCACAAACCGGUCACCUUCAACAUGCGAAUCGAGCGAGGCGAAUUAUGGGAACCGGGCUGAACCGUACCUGUUCGAAAAUCAACUUCAGCCGGCGAGCGCCAUGUCUGUCGCGCCACCGCAGGUUAGCUACAGCGCGCCUGUCGGUGCUCAACCAGACCCGACAUUUCAAUCGUAUGCACAGGCAUAUCACACCGGGAACGCCACUCGUGGACCAGUAGAUGACCUAGCACCCCAUCCUCCACAACCAGUUCAUUACGUGCCUGGACAGCGGCCGAUGUCAGUACCGACAAUACCCACAGAAAGACCGGCAGGAUAUUCUCUCGUGCAUACGCCACAGCCAUAUCACCAACAUACGCUUCCACCUCAGACACGGAAUGACUACAGCUAUGCCUGGAACCCGCAUCAGUCGUGAGACGCUGGACGAGCAAGUGGGUCUCUCACGAAAGGAAAGAGGUUCUUGCAAGAGGCCAAGGCAAUCGCGGUCGUUGCCUGGAGGCUCAGCAAGCUAUCAGAUGAUGGUUACGAUCAAUACUCUCCGACUCAACGCACGGGGAGGACCUGGUAUCUGGGACGCGAAACACUGCUGCGUGCAACUACGCAAAACGACACAAACACACACUUUCGGGCUGGUCAUAUUACACAGGGCUAUCUCCAAAUUGUCUGCAUAAACUUGUGAUGAAGGCGCUUCAUU